CCGCAGGGCCCCAGGCACCUGCGAAGGGCCCAGGCGUCCGAGCGCGCCCCCCUUCCACCACCCCCCGCGACCUCCCCUCGCCCCCCCGUGACGUCACGCCCGCAGGCACCUCCUCCUCCCAGGCGUCACUUCCGCCCCGCCCGCCCGCCUCGUCUCUAGGCCGCGGGGCGGGGCGGGAUCCUCGCGGCACUUCCGCUUCCGGCGGGGCCGCGGCCCGGAAGUGACGCGCGGCGGCGGCGGCGGGGGACGGUCGCGGCCGGGGCCAUGGGGGAGCCGAGCGACCUCGACCGGCAGAUCGAGCAGCUCCGGCGCUGCGAACUCAUCAAGGAGAGCGAGGUGAAGGCCCUGUGCGCCAAGGCCAGGGAGAUCCUGGUGGAGGAGAGCAACGUGCAGCGGGUGGAUUCGCCCGUGACGGUGUGUGGCGACAUCCACGGGCAGUUUUACGACCUCAAGGAGCUUUUCCGGGUGGGGGGCGACGUCCCCGAGACCAACUACCUGUUCAUGGGCGACUUCGUGGACCGGGGCUUCUACAGCGUCGAGACCUUCCUGCUGCUCCUCGCCCUCAAGGUCGCUUACCCCGACCGCAUCACGCUGAUCCGGGGCAACCACGAGAGCCGGCAGAUCACGCAGGUGUACGGCUUCUACGACGAGUGCCUGCGCAAGUACGGCUCCGUCACCGUCUGGCGCUACUGCACCGAGAUCUUCGACUACCUCAGCCUCUCGGCCAUCAUCGACGGCAAGAUCUUCUGCGUGCACGGGGGCCUCUCGCCCUCCAUCCAGACGCUGGACCAGAUCCGCACCAUCGACCGCAAGCAGGAGGUGCCCCACGACGGCCCCAUGUGCGACCUGCUCUGGUCCGACCCCGAAGACACCACGGGCUGGGGCGUGUCGCCGCGCGGCGCCGGCUACCUGUUCGGCAGCGACGUGGUGGCGCAGUUCAACGCGGCCAACGACAUCGACAUGAUCUGCCGCGCGCACCAGCUCGUCAUGGAGGGCUACAAGUGGCACUUCGGCGAGACCGUCCUCACCGUGUGGUCGGCCCCCAACUACUGCUACCGGUGUGGCAACGUGGCGGCCAUCUUGGAGCUGGACGAGCACCUGCAGAAGGAGUUCAUCAUCUUCGAGGCGGCGCCGCAGGAGACCCGCGGGAUCCCCUCCAAGAAGCCCGUGGCCGACUACUUCCUGUGAGCCCCGCGUGAUCCCGGGGGGGGGGGGCGGACGGACGGACGGACGGACACGCACACGCGCCCGGCCCCCUCCCCGCCGCCUUCCCCGCCGGGGCUCUCGUUGGCCGGGGACACGCGUGUCGCGCUCGGAGGGGACGCGUGCGUCCUUCUGUUGGCCGGGGACACGCGUGUCGCCUCCCGUGUCGCCCUGGGGGACACGUAUGUUCUUGUCCUGUUGGCUGGGGACACGCGUGUCGCCUCCCGUGUCGCCCUGGGGGACACGUAUGUUCUUGUCCUGUUGGCUGGGGACACACGUGUCCCUUUCCAUGUCGUUCUGGGGCCACGUAUGUUCUUGUCCUGUUGGCUGGGGACACGCGUGUCCCUUCCCGUGUCGCCUUGGGGGACACGUAUGUUCUUGUCCUGUUGGCUGGGGACACGCGUGUCCCUUCCCGUGUCGCCCUGGGGGACACGUAUGUUCUUGUCCUGUUGGCUGGGGACACGCGUGUCCCUUUC